AAAGUUUUGAUUUCUUGUUUUCAUAGUUUGGUCCUUUUUUUAAAUACGUGGUAACAAAUGAUUUUCUUGAUUAUAUAACAUGAAUAAUUUUGUGUUGAAUUAUACCAAACGAGCUGGGAUUGAAAACAAAAGAAAAGCUCGCAUAAAUCAAGUCAGACACCAAUCAAAAGAAAUAGCAAAAGAAGUUCUAACUAAAGUUCAAGGUGAAAGGAGAAAUCAAAUUCAACAAACUUUGGAAAAAAAAUUGAAGGAAUUAGAAGAUUUAAAAAAUUCACAAGUCUCUAAAAUUGGGGAUAAAUUCAAAAAGGAUUUAUAUGAUUUUGGAGAAGUACAAGUUGAAACUUGUGAGAGUAGUUGCGAAAAAGACAUUGCUCAUAACAUAACGAAUGAAAACGAUUUUAUUGUCACGGAAAGUGGUCACUAUAAAAUGUUAAAGGAUGCAGGAAAACAAAGGCAAAAAUCUGAGAAGAAGUUAGCGAGAAAGAGGAAUCUUUCCCUGAAUAAGUCAACUCAAGCUGAUUCCAUGCCUCUUAAUGAAGUUUUUUCUGUUCGUAAUUCCAUUUCUCAUGAUGAUCUUUGUAGAUCUGUAUCGAAGGAGAAAUCAAGAAAAGAUUUUUCUGACAACAUUCCAAUUCGUUCAUCUUAUAAUCCAAACUACUUUCGUUCAAAUUCUGUUGAUUCCUCUUUAGACUCAUCAAAGAGUUCUGAAAUCGAAUGUGAUAACAAGGAUAAUAGUGAAUCAUGCGAUUACGAGGAGUUUGAUCAAAUAACGAAUCUGUUAAAAAUCACUAAUUUAAAUUGUGAGCAAGUAGCAAGAAAGAGAGUAAAAAUAUUCAGUACUUCUUCACAUUCCUCAUUAAGUAAUGAAUCUGACAUACAUUUAGAAAAUGAUUGCCGAAUGGAAACAAAAAGCAUUCUCAAAAAUUCAAAACCACUGAAAUCAAAAGUUUCUUCAGAGAAUUUCGUUAAAAACAAUUCUGUUAAAUAUGUUGAUUUUAGCAAAAAGUUCACAAAACAGUAUCAACCUGGUAAUGAUAUCAUUACAACAGGCAAAGUAAAGAAAAGAAAUCAGGAUCCGGUUUGUCGAUUUAAUAACCCCCAGCAGGAAAAAACAACAAAAUCAAAAAUCAGCAAUAAAGACGUCAAACAACAAAAUAACAUUCAAACCGAUAAUGCGCUAAGAAAAGAAAGCAUAAGAAGGGAUUAUGAAUGCCUCCAACAAGAACUUGAAGACAUUUACAGUCACGAUUACAAAGGAAGAACAUCUGAAAAGGCUCUGAAAAGCACAUCGCUGACUCACUUAAAAAAGCAAGACAUGAAUCGAGAGCUGCGAAAAAAUCAUGCAUUUGACAAAGCAUUAUCAGGAAGCAUAAUAAUGUGUCAAUCUGAUUCAAGUGAGAAAAAUGAGGCUCAAGAUUUUAAUGUUGCAUGGUUAGAUAUGUUAAACAUUGAAAGUACUGGCGAUAUACGUAAUAGAAACGCACAAAAGAAAAUUCAAGCUACUGAACAGAAUAAUAAUGCUGGAAGUGAGUUAAAAAAUCAACUUUUCCAGUCUCUCAAAAAAUUAAAAGAAGACAAAAAUGUCAUAAAUUCCAUUGAAACGGAUCUUCAUGUUGAACAAUCUGAAAACAAAAGCGAAAAUGAAUGUUUACAAAUAAAGAAACAAAAGAUUGCGGAACGAGAAAAGAUGUUGGAGGACAAAAUCAAAGAUAUUUUAACAACAUACAAGAAAACUGUAAAAACUUCUGUUGAAACUUCCUGUGGAGAAAAAGCUUCCACUGUUAUCCAUCCGAUUGAAAUUAACAUAAGAAUUGAGCAACCGCCAUUAGCUGACACAAAAAAAGUUAAUUAUGAUUCUGUUCAACGUUCGCCUAGAAAAAACUUUGCAAAAAUAAAAAAGAAAAUUGAGACGGUUGAUCAAACAGAAAAGGUUGAUCAAACAGAGACAGUAAAAAAAACAAAGCCAGUUAAUAAAGCAGGGAAGGUUGAUCAAACAGAGACAGAUAAUAAAACAGAGACGGUUGUUCAAACAGAGCCCUAUAAAGACCAUAGAAAAAAAACGCGCAAUUCUCAAAAAGAAACUCAAACCACGUUAUCAUUGUUUGAGCCUUUCAGUCCCAUUCUGAAAAAUCGUGAAGAACUUAUUACUCCAAAAGUCUUCAAUAAGUCUUCUGACUCUUCUCAGUCAGUUUCAACAACUUAUCAAUCACUACCAGAACAAAUUCAUUUAAAUGUCGAACCUCAGUCUGAGUCUAAAUUGAAUCCAACGUUGUUGCAUUACAUCACAAGAUUGCUUGGAAUGAAUAAGAAUGUUGGAAACCGUCUAGAUGUUAGCAUCAGUUCAAUCAAUACUCCAGAAAGCUCUAUAUUGAACACAAUUGAAAAUGACGGAAGUUCUUCUGGUAAUCUAACGCCGCCAUUUGAUCAAAAUCAUUUAAAGAAACUUCAACAGUUUAUUAACGAUAAUUAUAGUUUCUUACGUGAAAUAAAUGAAACUCUUUCUCACAAACAACAUAACGAUGACGACACCUUAAAGGUUGAAAAUAUUUGGAAGAACAUUUUUGAUAAGAAAAAACUUUUACCUCAUCCAAAUAAAUCAAAAUAUUCGCAUAAAAAUGAUAAGAAAGAAUCGCAAAGCAAUGGAGAUAAAAACUUGCCAAAGCAGACAACUUCUAAAGAGAAAGAAAAACCAUUGAUAACGCCUUUUGACAUCUUAAGUGUUGCCAAACAUGUAGAGUCUCAUAUGUUAAAUAAUUAUGCUGAAUAUACUGCAAAUUGUCAAAGAAGGAUUAAUGAAUUGGCUCAACAAAUGGAAAGCGUUCGUCGGGAGAAAUUAAAACUCAUUGAAUAUUCAAUUUCGAGCAGUGAAUUUGGGCAUAAUACUACGUACAAGGAGAUUCUUAUUCCAAAGUCUAAAUCUCAAGAUACAUCAGGAAGUGAAAUGAAAAAUGCGAAUAUGAAGUGUGAUGAUCCACCAUCAGAGGAAGUUAAUAAUAAUCUUCAAAAACAAACGCGCUCAUUUGGUGUGAGUAAGGAUUCAGGCAUUUCCGUUAUAUCCCGUCCCCUAACAUCAUCUGAUUUUCGUGACUCACCCGAAAGUCGUUUGAAUUCAGAUGAUCGAGAAAAUUCAUUUCAACCUAUAACAUCAAAUCAAACGAAACAUUUAAAAGUGCCAGCUUUUAGUUUUCCUUCAGCUGAAAUGGGCAAGGAUUUCUUAUAUUCAAAAAGCUUAGAAGGAAAAUUUGAUAAAUUGUCAAAGCAGCAAUUUUAUUCUAAUCGCUUUAGUCCGAAGCAUGACAUGCCACUUGAACGUUAUGAGUUGUCUACGAUUGUUGAAGUUGAAACACCAGUAGCAAGUAAAACAAAUAUUCAUGAAAACAUUGAAGAAUUGAAAGUGAAAUCUUUUCCAAAUUAUGAGCAAUACGCGACGAAUCUUCAGCAGUUCUUGAUUUCAACUUCCUGUGCAUCACAAAAUCAAUCCUUGCCUAUGUUAAUAAAUGAAAUUAAUGACAUAAACAAGGAUCUUCAGGUGAAGUCUUUUGUUCAUCCAAAGGAUUACGACAUAGGAGAAAUUUCCAAAGAUAAAUCAUGCGUAUCAUCAUCGAGCUCUUCUUCCAUUAUUGAUAUUGAAGAAGAAUUGAAGAAGAGAAAAAUCAUUGAAAAACCAUUUGAAAGCGCGAACAUAAGUUAUCAACAAAGUGAAAGUAACUUAAUUUUUGAGACACACGAAAACGAAUAUCAAAUCACUGGAAAAAUAACAGAAAAUGAAAAUCCCGAAGGUACACUGAUAAGUUCAAGUAUGGAAUUUGACAAAACGAGUUCGAAUAAGUUAGAAGCUGAAAUUAAAUCAAAAGAAAGUGAUCUAAAAUCUUCGUCUACUUCAUCUUCCUGUUUUGAUCAGCCAAUGAAUUUGAAAGAGUUUCUUGCACGCGAAUUAAUAAAGAAGACUAAGGAUGACAAAUCAAACUCAUCAUCAUCACUCAGUAGUCAGUUUAUGAGAUCACUUCUUAAUGCAAAUAGCACUCAAUCGGACUCAAACAUGAAGGACGAAGAAACAUCGGAAUAUGAUAAAUUGCGAACUUCUACACCAGUUAAUCAAAAGAAAAAGUUGGAAAAAUAAUAAAGACUCGCAAUUUUCUUUUGUAAUAAUACAGGAAAAGAAAUUUAAUGUUAAUUACAGAGUAUGCCUUCAAAUGUUGUAGAAUCUUAAAUUAUUUUUAACUUGCGUUAUUUUUUAAAAAAGUGAAAUUAUGCGCUUUUCCACUGUAACAGACAGAUGUUAGUUAAAUAAAAAUACAUUUAGAGUAUGAAAUUAAAAUA